AUGCCCCCUGCUUCAUGGGCAAGAUGGCCAUCUCUUGAUCGAGGCCAGAGAACAGGUGCUGCCAGUCUGGCUGACAACGUCACCACCAAGGACUUUGCAACCCUCUCUGCCUCGAAGGAUUCGGAUCAGCAUAUCCGGAUCACCAACAAGAAUUCAGAAGCUACCGAAGCCGAAAUCAAGCAACCACCCCAGUCCCUUUCCAAGAGACUCGGUAGAGCCAUGAAGAACAGUCUGGUCAAGGCCAUGCCGUCCAAGUCAGGUACCAAGAACAUUGCUCAGUUGGAGUUCCCCGAGCUUGAGGUUUUGCCAACCAAGGAAGGCUACAAAGAUCUUGAGGCGCUCCAAAAGAGCAUUGCGACUUUGAAGGCCAGCGAACGUGCGAAGCUGGCAACCAACCCGGCCCUUGCCAUGGCUGAGUUGGAAGACCAGUCCAAGCAGUCGCUCGCCAAGAAGAUUCCAGCGCAGUUCCAGGAGGCUGAGCAUGCCAGACACGAACCCACCGGCAAAGCAGCUAUGGAGAAUACAGAUGGCGCAAAUGAGGCCAACGAAGCUCGUGCACACGGUAUCGGAGGGCCCUCGAUUCGUCCAGUCACUCCAGCCAACGUGGUCAACCUUCCUGAGGGAGAUUCGACCGCUGCCACUACUACGGAGAACUGGGCAACCCCAGCCAGCCGUCUGUCCCACAGCCUUGCGCUUGAUGAUUGCAAUGCAGCUGCCGCGUACAAUGCCGAUACUGAUUCUGCCGACGCUCAGGGCCCGGCGGAGAAGGAACCUAGAAUCGUAUGA